AUGGCUCUAGCUUUAACUGUUGGAGUUUUCGGUGCUCUAGUUAUAUUUCACGCCGCUUAUUCCACCAUCCAGUAUAAGAGCUUGUUGAAGAUUACCGAAGAAGAGUUUACAUCACCUCCUUUCGAUGUGGUGAUUGAGCUGUUUGUUGGAUUGUUGCUUUGUUUCUGGGCUGCGCUGACUGUGCCUGGGAAGUUUUUGUCCAUACAUCCACAAUCUGAUGAAAACAGGAUUGUUUCUUUACCCGCCAACCUAGACUUCAUGAUCUUCAACCACCGAGGCAAAGUUUUUCCCCUGGAAACGGAUUUGAAGCUGAAACACUAA